UGUUAUUUUAGACACGGAUAUAUUGUUAUUAGAGUAACCAUGAGAUGUGUGCGCGGUGUCAAUAUCAUUGCAGCGUUGCUAGCAGGAUUGUGUUUCAACAUGUCGACCUGUCAAAAUUCCAAACCACAGAAAGUGGAGUUGCAGGACUAUCCCGAUGCCUUCAUAUUGAAUUCGGACCUGUACCUGAUGGGAAAGCUUGCCACUGACCGCUCGCAUACCGUGCUGGUGGUUCGAGCAUACUGGCACAGCCAAACUACGCCCGAACCUUCGCUGAGGAUCUUGUGGGAUUCAUUGACAGAAUCAUUUAUUUUUGUCAUCGGUGCACGUGACAACCGGCAUUACCAGACGUCAUUUCCGCUGCCGAGAUUGGAACCCGGCUCGCAUACAAUAAUGCUGCAGAUGGGAGACCUGAAUCGUGACGUCAACAAAUUGCGUCUAUUCGUGGAUUGCAUUCUAAUCGGCGAAGAGACAACGGAAGUUCCGAUUCGAGAUGCGUUGAUGGGCAGAAUAGUAGUGGACAAGCACGACAGCUUCGCUAUGUAUUCACGGGUCGACCUUCAGUCCAUGCUAAAUUCAAUGGAGUGUGACGUCACUGAGUCAAUCCCAAUAUCGACACUUCCGGUUCUCCCGGACUGGGUGCGCAAUCGGAACUUGCAGCAUCUUCAAGUCGGCACGAAUGUGCGCAUAACCGGACCGGAAGUUCCCCCGAGGCGCGAACACGACAAUAGGAUACCGGAUACAGAUCCGCUGUUACACACGCUGAGUCAGACGUUACGUGAGCUGACACGUGCUAUACAGACUUUGCAACAUGACGUGCAUUUACAGACUCGCGAGACGCGACAUUUACACGAAGUCAUGCGGCAGUGCGACAUGUGUCGAAGCCGACCAGAAAGACCUCCUGAGCAAAUAACAACAUGUCGGGACAAGCCGUGUUACGAGGGAGUAGAAUGUAUCAACACAGACAGGGGGUACCGAUGCGGGGAGUGUCCACGCGGUUUCUAUGGUGAUGGAGUGCGGUGUGCAAAAAUACCGACGUGUGCAGACAAGCCAUGCUUUGCAGGAGUGGAGUGUUUCGACGUUGCCAACGGUUACCGAUGCGGUCCCUGUCCAGCCGGCCUAGAGGGCGACGGUCGUCGUGGUAACUGUCAUUUAGCAAGAGUAAAAUGCGCCUCGAAGCCGUGCUAUCCCGGCGUGCAGUGUCAGGACACCUCUGACGGGUUCAGAUGCGGGCGAUGUCCACCGGGUUAUGACGGAAAUGGCACUGCGUGCGUAGAUAUUAACGAGUGUCUCCUGUAUACGCCAUGCUAUAACACGAGCGCAUGCGUGAACCACGCGGGAGGCUUCCGGUGCCUUGCCUGCCCGACGGGAUUCUUCAGCGAGCCUCUUGCUGGUUCCGGUCACGACGAGGCUGCCAAUAAGAAACAAAUUUGUCGUGACGUGGACGAGUGCCGUCUGGAGGGAAGUUUGAGUCCCUGCGUCCAACAUUCUCAGUGUUUCAACACACAAGGUUCGUACAAGUGCGGUGAAUGUGACGAAGGUUACGCCGGGAACCAAACAAUCGGUUGUUUCCGUAGAGUCACGGUUUGUCCGGAUUUGUCCGAAUGCCACGAAUACGCCCGCUGCAUUCCGGCAGGUGGAAUGGGAUUUGCCUGUCAGUGCAAGGUCGGCUUCGCCGGCGACGGCAAGGUGUGUGCGAGGGACACGGACCUGGACGGUACUCCGGACGAGAGCCUCCCCUGCGUUGACCGCCGCUGCCGACGGGACAAUUGUCCCCUGGUACCCAACAGUGGACAAGAGGACGCAGACUCGGACAACAUCGGCGAUGCAUGUGAUGAAGACAGGGACAACGACGGUAUUCUGAAUUCACCGGACAACUGUCCGCUGAUCGCAAAUCCCGACCAGGCGGAUACUGACCCGGACAAGUCCGGUGACGCCUGUGACAACUGCCCGAACGUUGCGAAUUCUCGGCAAGAGGACACGGACAAAGAUGGUCUAGGCGACGCUUGCGAUCCCGACAUGGACAAUGACGGGAUUCCUAACGAGAUGGACAACUGCCCUCGAAUCGUUAAUGCCGAUCAGCAGGACACGGAUAACGACACUAGAGGCGACGCCUGCGAUAACUGCCCUGGCGUGGCGAAUCUGGACCAGUUGGACACAGACAAUGAUCUAUUGGGCGAUGCUUGCGACACCAAUGACGACACUGAUGCGGACGGCAUUCAAAACACGUCCGAUAACUGCCCGGAUAUCAUGAACGCCGAACAGAGAGAUACGGACGCCGACGGGAUUGGCGACCCUUGUGACGACGAUGACGACAACGACGGGGUACCAGAUGAGGAUGAUAACUGUCAGUUCGUACAAAAUCCGGACCAAAAAGACGGGAACGAUGACGGCACUGGUGACGCCUGCCAGGAAGAUUAUGACGGUGACGGAACUCCGGACAGCUUCGACGUGUGCCCCGAUAAUGGCGACAUCUUUGCGACUGACUUCCGAGAGUUCCAGACGAUCAUUCUUGAUCCCGUCGGCGACUCGCAGAUUGAUCCAAACUGGAUCAUUCUUAACGAGGGAGCUGAGAUCGUGCAGACGUUAAACAGCGACCCCGGAAUAGCCGUCAGCUACACUGGCUUCACUGGGGUAGACUUCAGUGGAACUUUCUUCGUCAAUGCCGACACCGACGACGAUUAUGCCGGCUUCGUGUUCAGUUACCAAGACAGCGCUAGUUUCUACUGCGUGAUGUGGAAGAAAGCCCGCCAGACGUACUGGCAUUCCACCCCUUUCCGUGCGGUAGCGGAGCCGGGCAUCCAACUGAAAAGGAUCAAAUCAAACACCGGACCCGGGGAACUUAUGCGCAACGCCCUUUGGCACACUGGCGAUACUCCUGACCAGGUGAAGCUACUAUGGACGGACCCUCGGAACGUGGGUUGGAAGGAACGGACAGCCUACCGCUGGGAGCUCAUUCAUCGACCAGCCAUUGGACUCAUACGAGUGUUUCUGUUCGAGGAGACCCAGAUGGUUGCUGACUCGGGUAACAUCUACGAUGAUGGCCUCAAGGGCGGCCGCCUCGGCGUCUUCUGUUUCUCCCAGGAAAUGAUCAUCUGGUCCGACCUCGUGUACAGAUGUAACGAAUACGUUCCGCCAGGUAUGCUGGGAGAAGGCGCUGCUCCUUUGAUAAAACCACCCGUUAGUAACGUCACUGAUGACGCCACGACCGAUUCGGAAGACGGAGGCGACGAGGAAGCGCGAAAGAAAAAGAAAAAGCCGCGAAAGAAGAAAAAGCCAACCACGGACGGUGAACCGGAAGUUGACGUUGUAGAGCCAAAUCAAUAGUUAUGUUUUAGACGAAAGCAUGUUGAUCACAUAUAGUUUUUAGUUUUUCUCCAGUAGAUUUGUAAAGAUUAGUUUCCCUAUAUCGAUAGGUACAACAUAAGGGCGUGGUAUUUAAAAAAAAUGUUUUCUUUCGUUCUGACAUGUUAUGUAAAAUAGUUUAAUAUUUAACAUGUUUUAUUCCAGAUCUGUGAUUGAAUAAUACAUGUAUUGUACAGUUAUAGUAUAAUUGACAAUGUUACCAUAUAAUUACAUUUUUAAUACUCUAUCCCUUAUUCUCACAGUAUCGGCCCUCCUCAUUGUAUCGUGCCUUUGACGAAACCCCCUAAAGAAGUGCUGGACAGUAAAUGUUUUUCGAUUUUUAGAAGUUUUAAUUUAUUUGCUGUUUAUUAAUGACUAUUACGACGAUCUUUCUCAUGAUUUCCGGUUUUGAUUUUAAAAUAGGUCAUGCUUAUUCCAGGCUGAUAUUAUGAUUACAAGUAAUUGCGUUAGUUUGUUUUUAGAUUAUUAGUAGAUUUAUCAAAUGUUGUAUAAGCCACUUAUUUGUGAAUCAAAAAAUAUAUAAAUAAUUUAAGAGAAACACGGACAAGAGUUUCGUUUUUCCAUUAAGAAACUAUUUAUAGAAAAAUAACAUCCGCAUAGUAACAAACCUUAGCAACUAAUCAGAAGGGCCGAUAUUAUGAGAUACGGUGUACAUAAUGCUGAUAACUACAUGGAGCUUAUUUUCGCCAGUAUUUUGGCAAAGUAUUAUCGAUUGUAAUGCAGUUUUGUUGUUAUGUCUAAGAAAGCACUUUAAACUAUAGAUUGUCGUAUUAAACAUGUAUAUUUUCUCAUCUUUUCACUUAAAACAUUUAUAAGUUUUCAUUAAGAGGGCCGAUACUACGAUACACAUGCUAAUUGUUUCUUAAUGUUUCCAGAAUUGUAUGCCACUUUUUAUAUUUUCUCUAUAUGUGUGCAGCAUAAUACAAUGUCAAAGCAU